AUGGAUUUAAGCGAGUCUCAAAGUGCACGCAAAGAAAGAGUCACAAGCCUCAAAAAUGUAUCUGGGAAGAUCGAAUUUAUAGUGGAUGAUCUCCUUACCAACAUCGAAAGUUUAAGACGCAGAAUCCUUGAGGAUUCAAUGGCCCACAGCAAAACUAUACAUGAGUUAACCACAAAUCUCCACAAGCUUAAAAUAGAGAGGACAGAAUCAAGCGUAAAGCUCCUUAAACUUCAAGACUCAAUGAAUAAACAAUUGCAUGAAGUAACCAAAGAGUUACUGAGACAGAUCUCCGAUUACAAGAUGAUGGCUCAAUCAAGAGCUAGCGUUUUAAGAGAAAUAAAAGCAUUACUUGUAGAAAGAACAAACAAAUUUUUGAUAAACCCACUUUCUUCACGAGAUUUUGAGCUAGAUGAGGUAAAUAAGCUUACUGAAACACAUGAAAAUGAUAUCAAAACGAAAAUGAACUCGAUAAAAACUAAAAAACCUUUUGAAAAUCUUAUAAACCAUUGAAACCAAAAAGUUAGUGAAAGUGAUGAAACAAUGGUGAGAGGAGAAGAGAUGAUUAAGGAAAUUAAUGAGAGUUUUGAGACAGCUGCAGCGGGUUAUGAAAGUAGCUUGGAAGCUGAAAUAGAAAAAAUCACUGCUCAGAGUUUAAGGCAGCAAGAGGAAUUUGAUUAUUUGAUUAGUUAG